UCAACAGAUGGCGAUAUGCGUUUUUCAGGCGAUGCUAUCAGAGUGACGUAUAAUGUAGUGGACGGGACGCUUCUUCAACAACAUCUCGUCAGCCACCUCGGUAGCUUCCUAGCGGAAACGUUCAAGCUGUUCAGACUGCUUCGGUCUAUAUUUACUUCUGUUUUUGGAACAUAAUUCUGUCUUUUAACUAGUUUCCCCAUUUCAUGUCAUAUAUCCGUUUAGUCAGGUAACGGUAGCUGGCUUGAUAAAUGAGCCUAUCACUAGGCUAGUCGCUAACUAGCUAGGUUAGCUGGCUAACAUCCCCGACCAUGAGCUCAGCAAGCUGCUGCCCUCCUGCUAAAAAAGAGGUCUGCUGGAAGGAGAAAGAAGGUAUUUGGCUGAACGUUGUCGUGAAAGAGGAGAAUGAAGAGGAGGAUGUCACAGUAAACGAAGAAGUAGAGGGUGAGGCUGUUACACAGAAAGAAGAGGAAGAAAACGAUUAUACUUUUUUUGGAGUGAAUGAAGGAGAGAUAACUGUCAUAUUGAAGGAGGAGGAGAGGGAAGAAGAGGAGGAGACAGAAGAUCUGAGAACACCAGAGAGAGACCAGACUCUCCUUCUGACAGCAGGAAGAGUCCUUCAGGGAAACCAGACCCCGAGACGUCCAAACCAGCAGGACGACAUCACUGUUCCCAGUGUGGAAAGAGUUUUACUCAGUUAGGGAGCCUGAGAACACAUAAGAGAAUACACACUGGAGAGAAGCCUUACCACUGUUCCCAAUGUGGAAUGUCGUUUACCCAGUUAGGGAGCCUGCAAACGCAUGAGAGGGGACACACAGGGGAAAAGCUUUUCCAAUGUUCCCAUUGUGGAAAGAGUUUUGGCCAGGUAGGAAACCUGAACAAGCAUGAGAGGACACACACAGGUAAGAAGAUGUACCGCUGCUCCCAGUGUGGAGAGAGAUUUACCCGGUUAAGGUACCUGAAAGAGCAUGAAGGAAUACAUACAAAUACACAGGAGGAGAAGACAUACCACUGCUCUCAUUGUGGAAAGACCUUUUCCCAGUCAGAGAACCUGAAAACACAUGAGAGAAUCGAGAGGCUGUGUUCUGACUUGUGUUUUUGACUGAGAAUGUGUGUGUUUGUUUGGGCUGUCAGACUUGAGUUCACUUUGUGUAAUGUUAGUGCACUAUUUUUAAUUGUGAUUAAUCCAUUGUCUGAAAGGGUUAAAAACACACUGAAAACAUCCAGAAUACAUCCUAUAUACAGCUACAAUCUACAAUGCCAUGUAAACACAAGAUGACAUUGAGGUUAAAUAAAGUGUGAUUUAUCAAUGGAACAUA